AUGCUAUUAACAAAUCUGUUUCAUACUUCAAAGAUGCAAGCUAUAACAUACAAUGAGCCUUAUAAAGUUGCUGUUGAAACCGUAGACAUACCGAAAAUUAUUGAACCAACUGAUGCUAUUGUGAAAAUUACCGUUUGUGGCUUGUGUGGUUCGGAUCUUCAUGCCUAUAGGGGGGAUCAAAGCGGAGUUGAUAAAGGAACUAUAAUGGGACAUGAAUUUGUUGGAAUAAUUCAUGAAAUUGGUGAUGAAAUAACAAACUUGUCGAUUGGUGAUCGUGUUUUGUCACCCUUUUCGACUUCUUGCGGUGCCCGUGGAAUAACGUGUCGUUGUGAAAAAGGUCAAUUAUACGGAUUGAUAUCAGAUGGACAAGGAAUUCAUGGAGCUCAAGCAGAAUAUAUUCGCGUUCCUCUCGCUUCUUCAACAUUAGUUAAGGUUCUACCAGAUAUAUCGGACAAUGUAGCAUUGCUACUUGGAGAUGUGUUAUCAACUGGAUACUUUUGUGCUGAAAAUGGUUUGGAGCAUUUGGAAGUUGAACUUCGUCAAGUUAGCGUCGUUGUGAUUAUUGGAUGCGGACCUGUUGGAUUAAUGGCUAUUCUAUCUUCAAUUUUCCUUGGCGUUAAAUUUGUUUUCGUUAUUGAUUGUGUUGAGGAACGAUUAAAAAUUGCUCAAGAAUUUGGCGCAGCUACUAUGAACUUUGUUAAUUGUGAUCCUGUGGAAACGAUCAAGGAAGUAACUGGCGGAAGGGGUGCUGAUGUCGUAUUGGAGGUUGUGGGUAAUCCUACAGCGCUUCAAUUAGCAUUUAAUCUCCUUAGACCCGGCGGAGUGAUAUCUAGUGUUGGUGUUCACAAUUCAAAAACUUUUCCUUUUGGUCCAAAUGAUGGGUACAAUAAAAACAUUACAUAUAAGUCAGGACGAUGUCCAGUAAGAAAGAUGUUAACAAAGACGAUUCCAUUUGCGCUUUCUAAGCAAUUUGAUUUCGAAAAGAUUAUUACUCAUACGCUAAAAUUGUCGGAUGGUGAAAUGGCUUAUAAUAUUUUUGAAAAAAAGUUAGAUGGAU